UUCUAAAAAACCGGAGCAAACAAGACGGGCGAACCGAAAAAUAGCUAAUGUCCACGAAACGGUGAACCGGAAUCGGACGGUUUACUCGGACUACUCAACCACCAUGCUCCUCACUGAACUCCAUCUCUUAUCCUUCUUCUCUUCUGCUGAUCUUCGUUCCCUCCUCCUGCAGUCUCUCGCCGAGACACGUCCCUCAGUCAGCCGGUGCCGUCCUUUCACUGGAGUACGUCGCAGAGGCAGAGGUAGAGGGAGAAGGACUGAAAUUGGAGUCGGUGGUUAUGAAGAGGAACAGAGUGGCGGCGGCAAAAGUGCGGUCCUGUAGCUGUGCCGCUUGAAGCAGUGGCGAAGAGAAUUUCAAUUGGACGGAAGCCAUUUCUUUAUUUUUAUUUCCCUAAAUAAAAAAUAAACUUGUCACAUCAAAUCAACGUCAAGAAUUCAUUUUAAUAAAGCAAUCCAAUUUCAGCAACGAAACAUAGGAGAAGAAGUUGCUUGUGUUCCGUUUUUGAGCUGCGAGCUUCAAAUUCACUUGAAUACUGCCAAGUGCCAAAUGAGUUUGAGUGCGAGCUAUUGUGCAAGUUACGGUCUUCGUCUUCGACCUUGCGGAGUUGCAAACUGCAAUCUUGAACGACAUGGCAGGAAUAUUGUUCUUAUCAACACAUCGAAGGAACUUCCAAAAUGUGACAAUUGUCUUCAAUCAAAGUUGAAGAUUGGUACUAACAAUAGUGUGAAGACAUUAAUGGGUGCCAUGGCAGUGACACACUUGAUUGCUCCAGUUGCUGCAAAAGCUGAAGUAGCUGCUUCUGUUUAUUCUUUGGCUGAUGCAAACUUAAGUGACUGGUUUGGAGGCUUAUUGUAUUCAGCUGGGCAACAGGCCAAUGAAGCUGUUCAGAGUCAAUUAUCUUCUCCCAGUUUCACUAGUUUGGCAGUAAUUUUUGGGGCAGGGCUUGUGACCAGUCUUUCUCCUUGUACACUCAGUGUCUUACCGUUGACCCUUGGUUACAUUGGGGCAUUUGGCUCUGGAAAAAGUAGAGCAGAGGUUAUUGGGGAUUCAAUUGCAUUCUCCUUGGGUCUUGCAACAACAUUAGCCCUUUUGGGAGUCGCUGCAUCCUUUGCUGGAAAGGCUUAUGGACAGAUAGGCCAAGGAUUACCACUGGCUGCUUCUGGUUUGGCUGUAAUUAUGGGUCUGAACCUUCUUGAGAUCAUUGAAUUGCAGCUCCCCUCGUUCUUCGACAGUUUUGAUCCACGUGCAGCAGCUGCCAAUUUCCCAUCAAGUGUGCAAGCAUAUCUGGCUGGGCUUACAUUUGCUUUAGCUGCCUCGCCUUGCAGCACACCUGUACUGGCUACCCUUCUAGGUUAUGUUGCUGCAUCCAAGGAUCCAGUGAUUGGAGGCAGCUUACUUUUGACAUACACAACUGGUUAUGUUGCUCCCUUACUCUUAGCUGCUUCUUUUGCUGGAGCAUUACAGAGCUUGCUUUCAUUUCGCAAGUUCUCAGCAUGGAUCAAUCCCAUAAGUGGAGCAAUGCUGCUAGGAGGUGGUGUGUAUACUUUCUUAGAUAGGCUGUUCCCUGCAACAAUGGUGAUGUAGAAAAUUUCCAUGCUCUCAACACAUGGCUCUUACUCGAAACACCUCGUAUAUAUCAUACAAUGAUGCAAAAUUCAAAAGAAAUUGAAAUUCAAGUGCAAGUGCAAGAUUUACUGUAUUCUACAGUUCCCUUUUUUUUUUUUUGGAAAAUGCCCAAAGCUUAAUGGAAGUUGACCAAAAUUUGUCAUAGAUAGUGUUGUUAAUUGAGUUAGUCAGUAUAUUGUACUUAGCGGAUCCAAAUCUAUUAUGUAUUAUUUAGAUAAUUAUAAUCUUUUAUUUAAAAGAACUACUUCAAGUCUGUUGCAGUGUUGCUUGCAUAGUUGGUUUUUGAUUAGCAUGGCUUCCCUUAAACGGAUCGCCUCUAUUGUC